AUGUCUACCGUUGCGACCCAGGGCCCCGUCGAGGCACGAUCGCUCUCGUCCAUCACCGCCAUCGCAUCCAACCCCCCCCGCCUAUCCGCGCAAUCCCACCCACGAGAAACACGACCCUUUAGUGCUAUACAUCGUCCGGGUCCCCGGCAGUCAAGAUGCCCGCAUGAGACAGAUAUAUUCCUCUCUCCUCUCAAGCCACCGACGAAAUCUAGCGUCUCCGCCGAGGCAAUUAACGCGUCUCUAUACUAUCUCCAUGUUGCGACACCUGACGACGAUGCGCUACUGCAGGAAGUCGAGCAAGAGCGAGAGGAGGAGGCUCAGCGCCGGAGGGAGGCCUUGGAGGCUGCCGGCGCAGAUGCAGAUGAUCCUUCGCAGCGCGAGUUUCUUCGUAUGAACAAAGUCCGAAGGAAACCAGUGGGCGGCAAGGAUCUAGACCAGGAGAAUGAAGGGCCGAUGCAGCAGAAUAGCGUGCCUCAAGCUCUAGCAGAACUUCCAGCAGCGCCGCCACCCUUGCCGCGCCGACCUAAUCUCACGCCUGAAGUCUCUACAGAGUACAUGUCCUUUACUGGAACAUCUGUUGCCAAUGCGCAGCAACAUCCUACAAAUCGACUUAUACCGGUACCCCUCCCAGUCGAGCAAAUAAGUGAAAAGCAACUGGGCCCGCGGAAAUUCCACCGCCAAGUCUGCGUCUCCAAACCAUUCGACGACUCAAACGGCACUCGUCACCCUUCAGACCUUAAGAGCGGCUAUUACGUCUUCAAAUCACCCUGGAAUGGCACCUGCACAUUCUCCAGCAGCGUCAACGGCCGCAGUCUCAAAUGUAAACAUAUGAUCUCCGGACCAGGUCAUGCCCCUAUAAGCGAAGGCGAGAACCCCAAUCCCGCUGUGACAGUCGCCGAAAUUCGCUUCAACACUCCAUUCCAAGCAGCAAAUUUGCACUAUCAUACAUCAAUUCGCACACACGGGCACUCCCUCCAAAGUCCGACUCACAAUCUUCCCCCAUCUCCAGACUCACCAACGCACCCGAAUCUGGCUACUUCCAAACGCAAUUCCUUCUCCGCCCUCCUGAACCCAAAUACCUACUCUCGACCACGUGCACAGUCGGGUCCUAAUGCCGUCGUUCCUGAAAAUUCUCGUCAACCCAUGAGUCCGGCACAUAUCCUGCGGCGGACGUCUCUCCCAGCCCAGCGCUUCGCGCGCCAGACUCAAUUCCAGCAUCACCGGCGCAGUGAGAGUACGAGUAGUGGUGGAGCGGAUUCAGACGAAGAUAGACUCGAUCUAUCACUUGCGCGAGAGCUAGCGGGCGGUGGAAUGCGCGGCAAGAGCGCGAAGCUGGGAAAGUUGAUUGUCGAAGACGAGGGGAUCAAGAUGUUGGAUCUUGUAGUCGCGGCUUGUAUGGCUGUUUGGUGGCGUGGGUACUACCAUUGA